AGUUGUUUGUGGUGCGCGCUUUUGUAAGGUCUUUCUUUUUUUCGUUUUUUUUUUCGUUCGUUUUCGAGAUUGACCGUAUAUGAUUUGUUCAGUCGGUCCCGUCACACCAGAGGAAAAAAUUUUACGUACACAAAUUUUUGUGCAUCGAUUUGUUCGGUGUGCGUGUGAUUUUUUUUUUGUGGUUUAAGCGCACCAAGUUUUGUUUUUUGCAGUGUAGACUACUGUAUAGUAAAUGAACUGAAAUUGAUUGAAUAUUUUUGGCCGAAAGAAGAAAUUGAUUCGAUUUUGCAAAAAGGCGCAAAAAAAAAACGUUGUGACUCAGCGAUAAUCAAAGACUCGACAGCAAAUCGAUUGCCUCACAUGUUGCCUCGUGGAAAAUGAAAAUCAACUUAACAAACAGUAUUUGAGAGAAGGAACAAAAAGUUGCGGCUUAUCAGAUAAAAGUGUUUUGAUAGUUAAUUUGGAAACCGAUCAUUUGGUCCGUGAAAAUUGUUUUGUUUUCCAAAAAGAGAAGCAUUGCAUCGCUAUCAGUUGGUUCUGUUUUUAGUGCGUGCAAGUACCAUCCAGUACAAACUAUAGCCGUUGAAUGAAACAACAAAUCAUUUAAUUAGUGGAAAAGAACAAAAGAAAAACUGAGUUAAAAAGAUUCAAAGAUCUUUCAUCAUUCAAAGAUCAAAGAAGAAAGAGAUCUUUGCCAAUAUAAGAUACAGAGAAAGAGCAGCAAUAAAAGCUCAAGAGAAAAAAAAGUCGAAAUCAAAACAACAUAUUCAUUUUGCAUUUUGCCAAAGAGAUUUGCAAAUCUAGUGCAUAAGUGAUACAGAUUUUAUACGGACACCGAGAAAGUGUUAACAAAUGAGUCAUAAAGCGUAGCAGCGGCAUUUCCUGGAAAACAAACAUUAUCACUUAUAUCACACCGGUUACGUACAUCGAAACCAAUUUUUGAUCAAUAAUCAUCGGAACGAUUUUAUUUGUUGUGAUAGAAAAGACUAUUUCUUUAAUUGAUCGAUUUAAUCGAAUUUACAUAUUGAUAUGAACAACAUGAGAAUAAGCAUAUGAACAAAGACUUACAAUUUGUUCUAAUAGACUGCCGUUAUUCGAUGCAAUAGAAGGAUAUUCGAAAAAGUUUUAUCCAAAAAUUGUCAUCAAAACAAAACGAAUAGAGAAGAAAAAAAGCAACGAAAAAAACUGUUAAUUGUUUAACACAUCCAGGGAAGGAGUCGCGCGGCUAGUCCUGUUGUGGCUGUUUAUCUCUCCGGUCAAAAUCUACAACUUAAUUUGUUUUUAAUGUGCAUAUAGAAAACAGUGUGUUAAGGUAACGCAAAUAUUCUACGGAUUUGGAAUUUGUUUACUCAUCAAUGUUAAGUCCUCAAUUUUUUGAUAACAACAUGAAUCAAACGUGUAAGGUAUGCGGUGAACCAGCUGCAGGUUUCCAUUUUGGCGCAUUCACUUGUGAAGGAUGCAAGUCGUUUUUCGGGCGAUCGUACAACAAUUUAUCAUCGAUAUCGGAAUGCAAAAACAAUGGUGAAUGCACAAUAAACAAGAAAAAUCGUACGGCAUGCAAAGCCUGUCGGCUGCGAAAAUGCUUGAUGGUUGGUAUGUCAAAGAGUGGUUCACGCUAUGGCCGUCGAUCGAAUUGGUUUAAAAUCCAUUGCCUAUUGCAAGAGCAACAGCAACAACAGCAGGCUGCCGCUGCAGCUGCAGCUGCCGGUAAUCGUAAAACACCACCAUCAUCAUCGUCGUCAAUCAAUAUGCUCGGACAUUCAAAUUAUCCGCAGAGUCUGUAUUCGCGGCCAACGACAAAAGAAGAACUAAUGCUACUUGGCUUUGAAGAUUACAAUAAUCACAAUAGCAAACGGCCGUCUGCAUCACCUUCCGUUAGUUCACCUGAUAGUCAUAAUUCCGAUAGUUCGGUUGAAGUGGGCGAUCGUCGUCAAUCAUUGCUUCGACAAUCACAAGCGCAACACCAGCAAAACCGUGGCCAGUUACCACCUCCACCGUUCAAUAAAGAAUUAUUCUUACCAUUGUCAUUCCCGGGCCUGAUGCCACCACCCGGUUUUUUGCCACCGUCCCAUUUAAUGUUUCCGGGCUAUCAUCCAGCAUUGUAUGCACAACAUCAAGGCCUACUGAAACCAGCUGUUGAUUCCGUUGCACUGCUCAGCUCAGCCCAAAGUAUGGCCAACAACAAUAGCCGAUUUGUGCCGAAUAAUAAUUGCGGUAGUAAAUCUGCCGAGGAAUUGACAAAACGGUACUUGGAUGCGGUUUUAAAAUCGCAAUGCUCUCCAAACGAUAAUAAUUCGACGAAAAGUGAAGAUGAAGACAUGGAAAAUGAGGAUAUCGUUGUGUCGAUGACACCACCAACAUCACCACCGCCGCCACCAGCCUCAUUGCGCAGUACGAGCAGUGUGAGUCGUCUAUCAAAUUCAACGGCAGCAACAACAUCCACUUUGCGUGAGAAAAAUAUUACGCUACCCACAGCCGCAUCAUCAUCAUCAUCAUCAUCGCCACCAUCGAAUCGGGCCGGUUCGCAGGAUGCUCCAAUUGAUUUGAGUAUGAAAUCGUCGAGCAGUGGUGGAACGAGUGCAAAGGCCAUUUCACCGCACAUGGAUCAUCGUGACUUUGGAUCGGAUGAAGACGGUGCAGCUUCGUCCGAAGAAGAGCUUAGUAUUGAUAAUAGACCGUCAUCAGACCAUAGCCGGCCUGACAGUCGAAAUGAACAUGAAAAAACGAUUCGGGAACAUGCAAAUGGCAUUCGCAUUAAAGGUACUACACCACUUGAUCUAACCACAAAAAUUUAAAUCAAUAAUUAAUUUGUUUACUGGUGAAAUGACAACAAGAAAAAAAUAGAAAAUCGAUGGAGCAUAAAUUGUAAAUAAAAGUUAGCUCGCUUAGUUGUUACAUUGAAAUGAAUGAAAAGAGAGGAAAAAAAAUACACCAAUGGCUGAUAAAAAUAAAUAAAUCGAAUUUAAUCAGAAGUCAGUUAAAGCCUACUCUGUAUAAGAAAUGAUAGAAUGGUAAAAUGAUUGCAUCUGAGGCAUUGAAAGAUUCACGAUCUGAAAUUUAUGGUAAAUAUGAAAAGAAUAUAUUGUUUUGCCAGUAGAAGAGAACAAAAAUAUCAUUGUUCGCAGCAGCCAGUAGAAGAAAACGAAAAUUUCAUAACGAGAUUCGUUUCAAGCUUGAAUCUGAUCGGGAUCAGUAAUUUGUACAACACGAUUUUUUUUUUCUCGAUAUAUUUUUUUAAUAUAUUUGAUUCAAUGCGCGGCAGCGGUCGAUUCAUUUGUUGAAAUGAUAUAGUGUAAAAAUUCACAUCGCGAUCGAUCGCGUCUUUACGAUUUUAUUAAUUAACAAAUCCUCUUUUUUUAUGUGACCAUUGUAGCUUACUUCACAUUUCUUCGUUUUUUUUCUCUCUCUCUCUCUCCCCUUUUAAUUCUUCAACAUUUUUUUUUGAUAGCUCCUAAUUUUUAAGUAUUGUUUUAUGUGCUGUUUCUUUUUUCUCUUUCUGUUCGUGGGCAUUACUAUUUAAAUAGCAAAACACAAAGUAAUAAAUUUAAAACGAUGAAUAUAUAGAAUACGAAAACACUUGCUAUAAACUUAGGGCGUAGAAUAACAUGAGUUUUGAUGUGUGAAAAUGUACACAUGAAAAUCAUUUUACAGUUUUAUGUGUGUGUGUGUGUGUGUGUGUGUGUGUGUGUGUGUCUGUCCAACCUUUUUUUUAAUAUAUUUUCUGUCUUACUAGUAUACGUAGAUAUAAAUGUCUAUAAAUAAACGGUUUCUUCUUUUGGUCUACGUUUGCAUUACAAUAUAAUCAAAUGCGUUCGUUAUCUGUUCAAGUUCAACAAAAACCACUUUGGUUUAUGUUUUCGUUAAUUCGUUUUAUUCCCCAUCUUUACCGCUCUCCUCACCACUCCCCGAAAGACAGUGUGCUUUGUUUAGGAAAAAGAGAAUAGGAAAUGUGAGUAUAAAUCGCAUCAAAGUUAUUCACAAUUAGUUCGUGAACUGUUGACCAAUUUUUGCAAUGACAGACAUACAUUUGAAUUUCAAUUUAUUUCCUCCUUUUUUUCGCAACAAAUUUCGUUUUAUUUACUUAAAUUGAAUACAUUUCCAUAAAAACAGAACUCAAUGCGCUCGCGGCCAGUCUAUUUUCUAUACUGGACAUUUUGCUAGUUUUAUGACACCAUUUCAAACAACGCAGUUUUUAUUUUUCUUCUUCUUCUUCAUAAUUUUAUAUAAUGAACACGCAGUAAUUCUAUAUUGUAUUGUUUAUUAUGGUAAUAUUUAAGGUGAGAUAUUAGAAUGGCAUCGAAUCGGUUUGCCAAAUACGAAUUUCUUCACAUGAGAGAAGAAGAAGAAGAAAAUCACACACGCACAUAUCGUGAAUGAUAUACAAUAUUCUAAAUAAAUGUUUAUUGAGAGUGUGUGUACGCGCGAAAUGGAUAUUCCCAAUAUCUUUAUAGACUUUAAAUUGGUGCUUUUUAUUUAUUUAAUUGAAUAUGAUUUCGUUAAAAUGGAAUAUUUUUGUAUGUACGUAUGUUUUAUUAUUAUUAUUAUAUAUUUUUCCGUCUGUCUAUCUCUCUCACUCUCUCACUCUCUUUCUAUCUCGUUUUGUAUCAUUUAUCCCGAAUUAAACAACAAAUGCAGUAGAUUGUAAACAACAAUUCGUUUUUAAUUAGGUCGAUGGAAUUUAUUAGCAAAAGUAACAAAUAGAAGGAUAAAAAAAAGCCUUAUGUAACUUAAUAUGUUUAGAUUUUUUGCAUUUCGUUUCUCUGUUGAAUCCGAGUUGAGUCCAAAUGAAAUGCCGAAAAUUACAGCAUCUCUCUCUCUCGUUUCCUUUCGAGCAGAGAGCUAACAUUUAAGAUCUCUUUUGAUAGUAUACGUUACGAUCCAAUAUUUUGUUUUAUAUAGUUUGGAUAGUAAAUCUCUCGGCUGCAAAUCAUUGUGGAUAUCACUCGCAACAGCAACAACAACAGUAAACAAAAAUCCUUUCAUUCUGUGUCUAUGCGAAUUGUAAAAUUAGGUCAAUAAAAUGAGAAAAUGUAGUAAAUUUAUGACAAUUUAAUUAGACAAUAAAUAAAGAAAAAAAUAAAAGAAUUCAAAA